ACAACACCAACCAACUGCAGAUUUGUAUUUUUAUACAUGGCGAUGACGAUGACGAUGAUGAAUCAAUGGAUGGAUAUGAGUAAAUACUAACAAAUCCAGACAAGUCGGUGGCUGAGAGAGAACCUCCGAUUCUCCCUAUGCCGGUGCCGGCUUCCGAAGCUUAAGCGAGUCAACUCGCCCGCGUCUCGCCCACGGAGGAUUCGAGUUGCCGGAGUGGAGGAUCGCAGGAGUCUGCGUGGAGAAGAGGUUUUAGAGAGACGGAGGAGGGAGGAGGAGGAGGAUGAUGAACGCGACUGGUUACGGCGGAUUUGAAAGGGAUUGCUUGAGGAAACACCACGCGCACGCGCCGGCGGAGAAUCAAUGCAGCUCCUUUCUGAUCAGGCACAUCAAAGCACCUGUGAAUCUCGUAUGGUCAUUGGUGAGAAGGUUCGAUCAGCCACAGAGGUACAAACCCUUCAUCAGCAGGUGCAUUGCCGAAGAGAGCCUUAAGAUUGGUAGUCUUAGAGAAGUUGAUGUGAAGACAGGUCUUCCUGCCACGACAAGCACCGAAAGGUUGGAGGUUCUUGACGAUGACGAGCAUGUCCUCAGUGUGAGGAUUGUUGGUGGCGAUCACAGACUUCGUAAUUAUUCAUCAGUCAUCUCUGUGCAUCCGGAGGUUAUAGAUGGAAGGGCUGGAACGCUGGUGAUCGAGUCGUUUGUGGUGGACGUGCCAGAAGGGAACACGAACGAUGAAACGUGCUACUUCGUUGAGGCAUUGAUCAAAUGCAAUCUGAAAUCUCUUGCUGAUGUUUCUGAACGGCUUGCUGCAGUCCAGGACGGCAUGCCAGAAGAAGAAACCAUAGACACUGNCCGAAAGGUUGGAGGUUCUUGACGACGACGAGCAUGUCCUCAGUGUGAGGAUUGUUGGUGGCGAUCACAGACUUCGUAAUUAUUCAUCGGUCAUCUCUGUGCAUCCAGAGGUUAUAGAUGGAAGGGCUGGAACGCUGGUGAUCGAGUCGUUUGUGGUGGACGUGCCAGAAGGGAACACGAACGAUGAAACGUGCUACUUUGUUGAGGCAUUGAUCAAAUGCAACCUGAAAUCUCUUGCUGAUGUUUCUGAACGGCUUGCUGCAGCAGUCCAGGACGGCAUGCCAGAAGAUGAAACCAUAGACACUGUUGGGUAAAAAUCCGGUGGCCGUGACCGCUUAUGUGUAUAUGCUUGACACAUUUGGGUGUUUCUUUGGUUAGCUUUGUGUUUUUGCUUAGGUGUUUGUCCAUGUUUCUACUAGGUUAGGUUUUUCAAGUCCCACGGGCUCUCUGAUUGAUUUAGACACCACCACCCCAUUGAAUUAGAGGUGUUAAACAUUUAGUGGUAAACAAGAACGUGGCCUGUGCGUCCUUUUUCUCAUGUCUUCUCUUUAUAGAAUUAUUGUGCAGUUUGAUUACAUGUGAAAAUCCCUUGUUUAGUUACAUGAUUGUGGUCAGUCCUUAGAAACCAGCAAUGGAUAUAAUCGAAUGAAAACUGUUAGAAUUA